ACAUCAAGUCGUUCUAGUACAACGUCCCGUACAGUGGACACUUUCCAAAUGAAUAGCUCGCACAUGCCAGAUGGCACGCUGCAUCGGGAUCGGGUGACAAGUGCUGAGUCCACCGUGACAAGUACAGCAGUCUUCACUACUGACCAAGUCCGAUAGCCUGGAAUAGGGGAACCGCAAAAAAAUUUCGUAAAUUCACGAUGCAAAAACAUGAUUCUUGAACUUCGUUACGCUAUUGGGACUUCGAAACCAUCCGAAGAGAUGAAAGGGAUGGCGAGCACCACGAGGAUUAAUAAAUGAGAUACGAAUGGCUGUAAAUCCAGAAUGUGCAGCUUUGUCGUGGGCCUCUUCGUUGAAGGAGAUUACGCGGUUAACUUCUGAAGACAGUUCCAUCUCGAAAUCUGAAGUUGAAGUUGUGGUAUCGGUCCUCAGGGCUGAAAUAGCACCGUCGAAGCAGGUUGGAAAACAAAGGGUAAUUCGGCAUUAACAAUGGCUCUCAGGAGUUUCUGCGAAGAACAAAAUACGAGCAUUCAAAAGCUGCCAUUUAGAACUUCUGUACUGCAGUUAGGUCCAAUACCGCCCAUCACCAAAAUCUAUAUUAUUCAAAAUCGCGAUAAGAUAACUCACCGCCACGUUGAAAUUAAAUCAGUACACCCAGAGUCGGGCUACAAGGACUACUCACAAAAUACUACUUUCAAAAGCCAAAAGUUGAGAUACGGCAUCCAGGUAGUCCGGAGUCUCCUAGGGAGAUAUUAGAUAUCCUCUGUAGUAACGCGGUCCUAUCGUUUCCGGGUUUCGUGGUGACAGAAAUGAAGACCAAUAUGAGAGCAAAACG